AUAAUCCCUGACAUUGCUACUAGUGUGGAAACAAGUUCGCUCGUCCAAGGCUCCAUGCAAUUUGCCGACGCGGUUGAUAAACAUUCACACCUUAAAUAAAUAGAGCGCUCAUCGUUCCCUCAGAUUGGUCUUAUAUUUGUAAUUGUAGCCCUACCUCGUCAAAUCUAAACCCCUUUUGUCUUACUCCAUCCCUUUGUUGAUCUCAUGCCAUGGAUUUCUAUGGACAAGGAUCUCUCCAUAGCUUGAUGGACAAGGAAAAUAUGGAACAUCAACCUCAAUUUCACCUUAGCGUCCGAACCCAUAAAGAGAUAAGCAAACAUGAUGUUCAAUUAGCCUCACCGAGGCCUUCUACCUCUGACGCCACAGUGUUCCCAAUGAUGCCAUCCCCUGGCCCUGAAUCACCAUGGACGCGUUCCCCACGCCCAGUUUCUCCUCCUCCUUCUCUUCUUUACUACUGCAUCGCUUCGCUCCAUCGCCACGACGGCAAUAUCUACGCCAUCGCAGCUACGAAGGGCUUAGUCUUUACUGGCUCUGACAGCAACAGAAUCCGCGUGUGGAAGCAGCCCGACUGCAUGGACAGAGGAUACCUCAAAGCUAGCUCAGGCGAAGUGCGAUCCAUUUUGGCUUACAGUGACAUGCUCUUCUCGACCCAUAAAGAUCACAAGAUUCGAAUUUGGAACUUCAUGGUUUCCGACACUUUCAAAUCCAAAAAGGUAGCCACUCUUCCCAGAAAAAGCUCGUUUCUUUCGUUCUCCAGAGCAAGCAGCGCCCAUCAACAUAAAGACUCUGUUUCUUGCAUGGCUUAUUACCAUUCAGAAGGGCUCUUAUACACUGGUUCUCAUGACAGAACAGUGAAGGCUUGGCGGGUUUCAGAUAGAAAAUGCGUAGAUUCAUUUGUGGCACACGAAGAUGAUGUGAAUUCACUGAUGGUGAACCAAGACGAUGGGUGUCUUUUCAGUUGCUCCUCUGAUGGAUCCGUGAAAAUAUGGAGGAGGGUGUACACAGAAGACUCGCACACCCUCACAAUGACUCUUAAAUUCCAGCCUUCCCCUGUGAAUACAAUGGCAUUGAGCACGUCCUUUAACCAUUGCUUUCUCUACUCGGGGUCAUCAGAUGGGAUGAUUAAUUUCUGGAAGAAAGAGAGACUGUGUUACAGAUUCAACCAUGGCGGGUUUUUGCAGGGUCACCGUUUUGCAGUUCUUUGCCUAGCGACGGUGGGGAACUUGAUAUUCAGUGGAUCGGAGGACACGACGAUAAGGGUAUGGAGGAGAGAAGAAGGGAGCUGUUACCAUGAGUGUUUAUCAGUGUUAGAUGGACACAGAGGGCCAGUGAGAUGUUUAGCAGCUUGCCUUGAGAUAGAGAAGGUGGUGAUGGGGUUUCUGGUGUACAGCGCCAGUCUGGACCAAACAUUCAAAGUGUGGAGGGUGAAGAUUUUGCCUGACGAAAAUCUGUGCGUAGAGUGCACUGAUCAGCGCGACGGCGGGAAGAGGAUUACAGAGUACGAUAUGAGUCCUGUUUUGUCGCCAUCGUGGGUUGAGAAGAAACUUCGAGAUACCUAUUUUCAGUGAGAUUCCGGAAAUCACUCCUCCGCUGAUCCGCUAGGGCCGCCCCUUCGACCCCUCACAGUCACAGGCGUUCGUGUACCAUUCGGUACUGUGAAAUCUGGAUUUAAUCAAGUGCCAGUUCUCUUCAUUUCUUAAUUCUGAAUUAGCCAAAUGCUUCAGGAACUGGGCAAGCAAAUUAACAGUCAUCAUUACGGUAUGAUAGUUUUGUUAUACUGUAACAUAGUUUCUUUUUCACUUUAUUUAUAGUUUAUGGUUUAAGAAAACAUAAAAUAUAAAA